GAAAAGUCUCAUAGCAAAUAUGCAUAAUUCAAUAAAAAAAACCUGUCGCAUUGGCCCUGCCCAACAAUGUGUUUCUCAUUCUGCAUUUUAAAUGAAUCUGGUAAGAAGUAAGUGCAUGUUUUAUUUUUGCUCCUUUGUUUGCUCCUUUUGCUCCUACAUUUCUUUCUGUAACAUCACAUUGCUUUACUAUUGGAGGCAGAGGCCUCCAAUUUCCCUAUGACCCAGCAAUUUAAAAUAGGUCUUGCAGUUGUAAUUAUCUAUUGGUAUAGGAACUUCCAAAGAAAAAGAAAAUGAUAUUUUCCUUUCAAGGCAAGACUGGAAGUGCCAUGGGAAUUGUGUCAUAACAUUUUCUUAUUGUGAGUUAGUAUGAAGAAUUCUCUCUAGUUGCCUUCUGGGUAAAUCAUAAUGAUUUCAGGAAGACUUUACAAAAUUAAACACUCUCGAGGAGGAAUUUAAUGGAAAAUAGAUUCUGCUUAACAGAUAAGCAUUAGGAAAAAAUAAAAGAAUACAUGUAUGGAGAAUUCUUUUUUAUCUGCAAUUUUAACAGAGAGUUCAAACAAUUUAAUUGUUCUUUGUCAUCUAUAUUAUAAAGUUUAGUUGAUAUUUUCUAUUAAUGGUCCUUAAAUGAAUCAUCAAAUAAUUUCAAUUAUGUUUCGCAUGAUUUUCACAUUGCAAUAUAUCUUAGUAUACUCUAAUUUCAAAAAGUUGGUUAUAUACAAAUGGUAUAUUUAUAAUCAUUUUCAAGUAACUAAGAUAUAGCACAUCUGUGUAUGGUACUUCAGCAAAACAUUUUGUUGUCACAUCAUUAAUAGAUUAUAACAAAAUUCCAACUAUAAUGUCUUAAAAGCCUAAUAUAUAAUUUGCCAAAGUUCGAAAAAAUACUCCCUAUAAUGCUGAUUUGCCUGACUAUAUUAGAGUUCAGGAGUACUGAGUUGUCUAGAUCAUCCUAUUUCUUGAAUUACACCAAAUAAAAAAGGAAUUUGCUAUUGUUUAUGUAAUAGGGUACCAUGAGGUCCAUGUCCCUGGAGCACUGGUGAGCCUGUUUUUGGGUGUAUGUAGAACAGGGUCCAACUCUCCAUGUUAGAGCAUGGAGAAACCCAGCUAUAUUCUGGCAUGCUUUCUUGUAAACAGUAGUUUAGUGGUGUAGGGAGGGAAAAGGUUGUUUGGGUGGCUGCUGAAUCAGAAAUGAGAGUGCAUGCAAAAGGCCCCAUUAGAGAAACUCAUUCUUUUCUUCUUGCUACAUGCAAUGUAUCAUGACUCUCUGAGCUUUAGAGAUCCUAAAGUAUAGGGUUGCCACCAGACAUAUAUCCCCCUACACUGCUUGUUCAUUAGCAAAUGUUUCCAUUACAUUGAAAACAGGAGAAUUUAUCUUUAGGCAGAGAAGAAAAAUAAGAUUAGUGGAGACAUGAAACUGGACCACAGGAAGAAAGUAAAAACCAGCAGUGUAGCAUAUGAGAAAUAGAGACAGUAGUAUUUCCAAUGAGAACAUGAUGUUAAAUUUUCUUAUGUUUUUCCCCCACAGAUAUGCUGAGCCUCAUCCUUAUAGGAAGAAGUGAGAUUGAAAAGAAUUCAGCAGGGAACAUUAUUAUUGGGAAGCAUAAUUUUGUAGCCAAACUUUCAGGGAAAACUGCCACUGUGAGCUCUCAGAAUGAGGACAGAAGCUGGAAAGGGAAGGAUAUUGUAGUAGUUGAUACUCCGCUCUUUGCCCUUACCUUAGCUAGUAAACAUCUUUCUGUACAAAGGGAAGAAAUCUUUCAUAGCCUUUGUUACCUUUCAGGAACCAAAGUUUUCAUUCAAGCUCAGCUGAGCUUGUCCACACAAGAAGAAGAAAGGUGCAUUAAGGAACUAGAAGCCAGAUUUGGAAAAGAGAUCAUUGAAUACAUAAUUGUGUUCUUCACCAAGAAAUAAGAUUUGGGCACUGAGACACUGGAGAAUUACACCAAGACUUCAGUUACUCAGCCUCUUAGGAAGUUAAUUAAACAGUGUGGAGAAAAAUUUUGUGCUUUUAACAACAAAAAAGUGGUAUCACAGGAAAAACAAGUUAAUGAACUUUUGGAAAAGGUGGAUAAACUAGUCCAGUGUCAUGGAGGCCAAAGCUAUCUUGCCAGUGAUAAAUUUGAGACUUAUGCCAGAAGGCUUAAGGAUUUCCAGAAGAAAAGUUUUUUUUAAGACAAUAAAGAAGUUUGUUUGUUUUUUUUUUUUUUUUUUCACAAUCCAAUUGGUCCUUUCUGUGCCUUGUGACCCAUGAAAGUAAGGAGUACCUUAAGGCAUGUGAUGAGGAUAUUCUUGGGAACACUAUUAGCUAGUCAGCUAAUAGAGGUAUUAGUUGAUUGUAAUGCUGAGAUUGUGAGAAACUGAAGCAAGUUUGGAGGAAGCAGGUUAAGGGUAGGGUAAAAACAAGGGUUUGAGUUGCAGUCAGGUAUAUAAAUUGCAAAGAAUCUGGGCAUACAUGAAAUUAAAUGUAUCAAGGCAGUAAUCACUUGAAAAGGACCCAAUAUCAGAGAUCAGAUCAAGGAGGGAACAAAACAAAGUCCAAGGAGACAAUCAAGUAGGUAGAGAUAUGUAGAUGUUUUCAGGGCAAAGGAAAGUAAGCAGAGGGACAGAAAUAAGGCUUCACUAACCAAGAAAUACUUUAAUUAUAGAAGCUACUUUUCUUCUUCAAGUUGAGAUCUAUUGUAUCAUCACAUGAAAUCAUGACAAUAUGGCUGGCUUUGACCAAACAGCUCAUGGGGUGGCAAAUUGUGGACAGAAAAGAACAUCACCUUCUGGAAUUGACAUUUUGACAUAAAUAGAUUUUUUGGGGGGUAAUUUCUUCUUCU